AUGAGUCGUUUGCUGAAGUCACAACUAACUAAACAUAAGAAUCCGGUCCACAUCUGCAACUACUGCCUCCAUCCGUGCUCCACUCCAGGUAUUUUGGAAAAGCAUUUGGAGAGAUGCAAGCUUCAUGGCGAACAAAUGAUCCUAAUGCCAGAAAAAAAUGAUAAACGUGGAAGAGACAAAAUUAGAUACAAAAACUUUCAAGGUCAACUUCGACUACCCUUUGUAAUAUAUGCUGACUUUGAGAGUUUACUUCGACCAGAAACAAUAGCUGCUGACAAUACAAAAAACACGAUCAACAUUGCGAAACAUGUGGCUUGCAGUUUCAGUACAUUCAUUGUUUCAACUGAUGAUAGAUUUUUUCGAUCGCCAUACACUUAUAGCGGUGAGGAUGCUGCUGAUAAAUUCAUCGAGCAUAUUCUGGGUGAGGUGAGUGAGCUGAGGAAUGUAUUGAAGAGAAAAAUGCCGAUGAAACAACUCACACAACAACAACAGGAGCAAUAUACAUAUGCAAGAAAAUGCUACAUCUGCCAAAGUGAUUUCAACUCCUUCGAUUCAGAUGAGAUCAACAAUCGCAAAGUCAGGGAUCACUGUCAUCUGACAGGAGAGUAUCGUGGAGCUGCACACAGUAUUUGCAACCUAAACCUCAGAAUUGACCCAGAAAAAAUUAAAAUCCCCGUAUUUUUCCAUAAUCUAAAGGGCUAUGACUCACAUUUGAUUCUUUCCCACAUUAAGAAGAAUCAUGGUGAUGUAGAAGUUAUUCCAAAUAACACAGAAAAGUACACUUCAUUUUCAUUUGGUGGAGCGACAUUUCUCGAUUCUUGCCAGUUCAUGCAAGCUUCUCUUGAUUCACUGGCGAAGAAUAUCUCUGAUAAAACACAUUUCAAACAGAUCAGGAGAUUUCUGGAAAAUCAAAUCAUUGACAAUAACGAGAAUAAUGAUGAAAAUAAUGUUGAUGAUAUUGAAAUGGAUGACAAUGAUGGUGAUGAUGAAAAUGAAAUCGAUGCUGAUGAAGAUAUUGAAAAUCGAAGUGAUUACCGGUGUAAUCCAUUUGUGAAACCAGUAUUGUCAGAAGAUGAGGAAAAUACCUUGAAUGAAGAUUUUGAUCUUCUGAUAAGGAAAGGUGUAUACCCAUAUGAGUAUAUGACUAACAUGGAAAGGAUGAGAGAGCAAGUAAUACCACCAAAAGAAGCCUUCAAAAGCACUCUGAAACAAGAAGAUAUAUCAAAUGAAGAUUAUGAACACGCACAGAAUGUGUUUGCACACUUUGAGAUGGUUGACUUGAUGGACUAUACACACUUGUAUGUAACAACAGACGUUUUGAUUUUAGCUGAUGUAUUUGAACAAUUCAGAGAUACAUGCAUGCAGCAUUAUGGAUUGGAUCCGGCUAAUUUCUACACUGCUCCAGGUCUCUCAUGGCAAGCAGCUUUAAAAAUGACAAAAGUAAACCUACAAUUAUUGACAGAAAUUGAUAUGCAUUUAUUUAUCGAAGAAGGUAUACGAGGUGGAGUGUCAAUGAUUUCAAAGCGUUAUGGAGAAGCGAACACACCAACAUCAAUAAAUUUCAAUGCAGAAGAACCAACAACAUCUUUAAUGUAUUGGGAUGCUAACAAUUUAUAUGGAUGGGCAAUGUCCCAAGCUUUACCAACAAGUGGUUUUACAUGGUUGACAGAUGAAGAAAUUGCAGAAUUAAACGAGGAUAAAAUACAGCAAGUUGCAGAUGAUGGGAACAUUGGAUAUAUCUUUGAGGUUGACUUAGAUUACCCUGAUGAGCUGCAUGAUAACCAUACUGAUUACCCACUGGCACCGGAAAGAAUGCUCACUACACCAGAUAUGUUGUCACCAAAACAGCUUGAACUACUUGGUGUCGAGUCUGCAGAUGAAGUGAAGAAAACAAAAAUUAAGAAGUUAACACCGAACUUAUUUGAUAAAAAGAAUUAUAUUACACACUAUCGCAAUUUGAAAUUAUAUUUAAAACAUGGAAUGAAGGUGAAGAAGAUACAUCGAGUAUUGAAAUUUCAACAAUCCGCAUGGUUGAAACCAUACAUUGAUUUUAACACCGUACAACGUACAGCGGCAAGAAAUGAUUUUGAGAAGUCCUUUUUCAAAUUGAUGAACAAUUCUAUGUUCGGAAAGACGAUGGAAAAUUUAAGGAACAGACGUCACAUUAACUUAGUAACAUCUCCUGAAAAACUUAGGAAACUAGUGAGACAACCUUCUUUCCGUCAAGUGACAAAUUUUCACGAAGAUCUUGCCGCUGUAGAGCGUGUUAAAGUUCAAUUAUAUCUCAAUCGCCCAAUCUAUACAGGAUUUUCGGUUUUAGAUAUCAGCAAGGUCCUCAUGUACAAAUUUCAUUAUGAAUACGUUAAGGUUAAAUAUCCAGGUACUAUGUCCAAAUUGCUCUUUACAGAUACUGAUUCGUUAUUAUACGAGAUCAGAACAAAUGAUAUUUAUAGCGAUAUGAAGAAUGAUGCUCAUUUGUUUGACUUUAGUGAAUAUAAUAUAAAUCACUCAUGUUUUUCAAACGCUAACAAAAAAGUCUAUGGUAAAAUGAAAGAUGAAUUAUCAGGUACGCCUAUGUUGGAAUUUGUUGGUCUGAAGGCAAAAAUGUAUAGUUUCAAGACCCAAAACGAGGAAAAGAAACGCGCAAAGGGCAUACAAAAAGUUGUCGUCAAAAAACGUAUGACCCAUGAAGAUUACAAAAGCGCCAUUUUCGAAAAUACCAUUAAACAUGUCACCACGCAUUCCAUUCGUUCGUACAAUCACGAGUUAUAUACAAUCAAACAAAAGAAGAAGGCCUUGAGCGCUUUCGAUGAUAAAAGGUAUAUCUUGGAUGAUGGCAUAAACACAUUACCGCAUGGUCACAAAAACUUGAGAAAAUAA